GUCUUUCAUGGGGCGUUGCUUGACAUAAAUGGACUGCGGUGUGAAAAUACUGCCUUCCAACACACUCCAAUGAUUGCCGAGCGCUAAAGAAUUAAUGGCUGAUAACAAAUUACCUUCUAUACAUUUUAAUAAGCUCUCACUAUUAAUAGCCCCUGAGAAGGUUAAUGGGAUAACCCCAAAGCAUUCACUGAUACCUGUUUGCAGGAGGUUGUUCACACACAUUUCCUGCAAGUUUUUCAGUUGGGAGCAUCUUAUUUCCCGCUUUCUCCAGGAACUUUCAGCGCCUUAAUGCAACUGUUAACAAGGACCACCGGAUGCUACGGAACGAGCCUCGGGCUCAGUGCAAAGUGAAAGAUAAAGUGGAGCUUUCUUGAGACCUGGCGAUCAACAUCGAUAUCUCCGUGUCCCCAGGUGUGAACGGGACAUUGUGGGCGGGGUUUCCACGAUGCGCCCCCGCCCCCUCAGUGUUGAGUGACAGGUGGUAGCGCCUGCGCACUGCAGCCCGGUUUGAAAGGAUGGCGCUGAUGGUGACGGAGGACUGGAUUCGGCGGAGAGUGGAUCUGAAGGAGCAGCGGCUCGCGGAUGUACGUUCUUUGUUUCUUCCAGGAAGUUAUGAAGAAAAGAUCACACAUCUUGGAAAGUCCCUGAAAAAUUUCACCCGUCUUAAAACACUAGACCUAUCUCGUAAUUCUCUUGUUACAUUAGAGGGGAUCCAACACCUGAUUCAUCUGGAAAAGCUCAACCUAUAUUAUAACAAGAUAGCAAGUUUGAAAGAGAUUUUUCUCCUUCGUAAUCUGGGUUGUUUGAAAGAACUUGACCUGAGACUGAAUCCUGUGUCCAAAAAUGAAACAGACUAUCGACUUUUUGUUGUGCACAUGCUCCCCAAUCUUAGACGAUUAGAUGAUCGACCGAUUAGAGACAGUGAGCGCAAAGCAGCACUAAUGCACUUCACUUCAGAUCAGGCACAUGAAUUCCAAGAUUGUCCGGUUGAGGAAGAAGAUAAUGAAAGAUCCAGACAUCUCAGAGCAGAAUUUGUAAAGUCAUUGACAAAGAAAUGUACAGAACUUGAUGAGGAUGAUGAAGCUGUUUUGAACCUUAUUGCAAAAUGUGGCUGGGAUUUAAGCAAAUACUCUGGAAUCACAGGUUCAGCCAAAAGUGUUCCUGAGGCCAAGUUGCAUAACUUAAAAGGUAUUCGUGAGAUUGAUGGUGCUUCAGAAAACCAGGAACCUGUGGCAAGAAAUACUUUACCAUCGACCAGAUCGCUGUCCAUCAACAUUCCUAAGGCAAUUGCAAAUUCACAAAAGAAAGGUUCUACACAAUUUCAAGCAUUUACUGAAGGUUGUGAGAAAACAGUUAAAACUGAAUUUUUCACUAUUGUUUGGUUUAUGAUUUCCAUUUUACAGACAGUUCAAUCGAUGUCCACUGACUUAGUGUCUGUAGAAUGUGGAGGAGCUGCUGAAAUUUUUUUUAAUACAAAUCUCAUGGAUAAGUUUCUAGAUCUUGUUGACAGAUAUUGGAAUGGAUCUAAGUCUCUUCAUUGUAAUGAAACAUUUCUGAAACAAGCAAGAAAAAUGAUGUGUGGCAUUCACGAGCAAGUGGCACUCGAAAACCAGCCAGAAGAAACCAAGAAGCUUCAGGAAGGAAUAAACGAUUUAAGAGCGAAAAAUGAGACUUUGGAAAACUGCCUUUGUCAGCAGAAACAACAGUAUACUGAAGAAUUCCAAAAGUUAUCUGUGCAACUCACUCAAGCUCAAAGAGACAUGGAAAUAAUGAAGGAUUGUUUAGGUCAAACUUUGGAUGAGAAAAAUCAUUUGCAGAACCACCUGAUAAAACUUGAACAAAAAGCACUUAAUACAUCCAGUUCUAAAAACCAACAAGUUGAAGAGCUCCAGAACCACAACCAGAAGUUGCAAUGUGAGAUUGACAAUCUGAAGCAGAAGGCCCAGUAUUACACCAAAAUCCAGGAACUGGUUGACAAGCUCCAGGAAAGCCACAGGGUGCUGGUUUGCACAAACGAACACUUGUUGACGGAGCUGAAUGAAGCACGAUCGAGACACAAAGCAGAAGUGGGCCAAUUGCAUUGGAGCUACAUUCAACUCAAAAGAACCAUGGAGCCAUCUCCCUGCAGUGUGACUGCUUCAACAUCUGACUGCAUGUCUUUGGGCAGAGAGAUUAAAAGCCACAUGGAAUUAGAGCAUCAAAAACGCUGAAGGAAAUUCCCCAGAAAAACUGAAAUGUCUUACAAGAUGCAAAUAACAAAAAGCCUGUGUGAUUUCAUGCUGUUUAUUGAAAGCACCACUCUUUCUAUCAAUACAAGACCUACUGAUGUCAAAAUACUGACGUACUGUGUCAAAAUUGUCUGCUGUCUAUGUACAAGCGAUAGUAAUUUAACAAUAACUAAUUUAAUAUCAUUUUGGUCUGGUUCAGAAUUUUGCAAUGUCUCAUUAUUUUGCUAGUUGUCUCCUCCACUUGGCUCCAAAUGCCCUGAAGGUUGAAAGUAGUCCUCCAGAAACCAGUUACAUGUUUGAUUGCUUAAAAUUUAUUUUUACUUGUCUCUCCCUGAAUAAGCAAGUGUGGAACCUCUCAGUCUGGGCUUCUAAUGGUUCACUAAACAAACAAAUGCUUUGAAAUCAUGCCAUGUAACUUUCUCUGUAUUUGGUUUCCCUCUAUAUGCGAUCCUGCUUUGCUUUCAUUCUAUGCAGCCUGCACACUUGAAUCUGGAGUUAGGAGAUUAACCUAUGGCAUAGCUUAAAACCCUUGUUUGAAGAAAUUUCUGCUUUUAUGAAGGUCACUGAACAUUUUAAAAAUAGAUCAGCAUUAAGAAUUUACUACUAAUGUUGCAGAAUAUGAAAGAACAAUUCUGUCGAAUUGCAAGACAAAUAUUUAUAUUUUACAAUUAUUUCAAUGUGCAUGUGAGUAUUCACAUGGGUUAAAAUAGGUUGUUAGUUUGCAGAAAUGAGCUGAAAGCUUCUUCCUAAAUUCUUAUUCAAAUAAAAAUUCCACUGUUUUAUUCAAUUAUGCAUCUGUGUAGAGAGAGGCAUUUUUAAGAGAAGUGUGGAAGCAUAAAGAUUUGUGUUAAUAUUAACGGGCGGGUGGAACAGGCAGUUUGAGAAUUUUUUGACGUGCAUUCUAACUAUAAAACAGAAGCUACUAUUCUUGUAUCUUUGAAAUGUAAACUAAUUUACUUAAUAUUUUCAUUUCUUCUUCCAUGGAUCAUCCACAGCCAAUGACAGAUGCCUUCACCUCUGGUUUCCACACUUUUGUCAGAACCACGCAAAACAUAACCACUGUAGUUAAACAAAUUCCCUUUCUAUAGCAACAUCCUAGCUAACUCAGUUAAUCUUCCUAUGAGCAAUCCUACUACUCUUAUAAUACUCCUGCAGCAGUUUCUAGCGAACACAUUGCCUUCCUAAAGGAGUUCUGUAGCCAACUCUCAUUACUCUUCUCCUCGACUCCGAUGUAUUUACAGUAGGAGUUUCUAAUUAACUCUUUGUUCUGCCUUUCUCCGUUGACUGCUCCACUGUUUAAUAGUGAGACUGCUUAUCUCGCAACCAGUACU